AUGUCCUCUUUUGCAGUCAAGCAGUUGGUUUUGUUUGGGUUGUCCUGGAAACUGGUUUCGGGAACCGACCAAUCACAGGCGUCGCGGCCAAUGCUCAUUAAUAUUAACGAGCAGGAUGUGAGUAGCUCGCGCUGCGUGGCUGGCAGUGCGCAGGCGCGCAGUUCUGCCUCCAACAACAAGAAGCAGGAGCCAGGCAACAUGGCCGACCUGGGAAAGAAGUACUGCGUUAACUGCCUUGCAGAUGUUACAAACUUGCGGCUUCGCUGCACCGAUUGCCCCGAUAUCGAGCUGUGCCCGGAGUGUUUCUCGGCGGGAGCAGAGAUCGGUAAUCACCGCAGAUGGCACGGCUACCAGCAGGUCGACGGCGGUCGGUUUUCUCUCUGGGGUCCCGAGGCAGAGGGAGGCUGGACCAGCAGGGAAGAGCAGUCGCUGCUCGAUGCUAUCGAGCAGUAUGGAUUUGGAAACUGGGAGGACAUGGCCGCUCACGUAGGAGCAUCCCGUACCCCCCAGGAAGUCAUGGAGCAUUAUGUCACCAUGUACAUCCACGGAAACCUGGGUAAAGCAUGCAUCCCUGACAACAUUCCCAACCGGGUCACGGACCACACUUGCCCAAGUGGUGGCCCCCUGUCACCCAGUCUCACCACCCCUCUGCCGCCGCUGGACAUCAGCCUGGCCGAGCAGCAGCAGCUGGGCUACAUGCCGCUACGCGAUGACUACGAGAUUGAGUAUGACCAGGACGCAGAGAAGCUCAUCAGUGGGCUGUCUGUGAACUAUGACGAUGAGGAUGUGGAAAUUGAGAUGAAACGCGCUCACGUCGACAUGUAUGUGCGCAAGCUUCGAGAACGCCAGCGGCGCAAGAACAUCGCCCGAGACUACAGCCUGGUGCCCGUUUUCCUGGGCCGAGAUAAGAAGGACAAGGAGAAAGAAAAGCCUGGCGCCCUGGGAGUUGUAGGUGCUGCUGGUGUUGUUGGAGGGGUGGGAGCUGGCGGCGGAUCAAUCGGAUCGGCUGCCUUAACGGCAACAUGUGUGGGUUCUGUUCCAAGUACACCUAAAAGGAAGAUCACCAAGGAGGAGAAAGAGCAGCGGGUCAGGCUGCGGGGGCUCUGCCAGUUCAUGGCUCAUAGAGAGUUUGAGGAGUUCUUUGAGAACAUGCAUAAAGAACGUGUGCUGAGGGCCAAAGUGCGUGAACUACAACGCUACCGGCGCAAUGGCAUCACCCGCCUGGAGGAGUCUGCUGAGUACGAAGCAGCGCGCCACAAACGGGAAAAGCGGAAGGAGAACAAAAGCGUGGUGACCUCGAAACGAGGCAGCGGAGGAGGGGGCGGCCUUGGCUCUGGGAUGGGCCUCGGAGGUGGAGCUGGAGGAGGAGGAGGAGGCAUCAUUGGCGGAUUAGGUGUUGGGGGUGCAAUCAAAGAGGAGAGUAAAGAUGGCGAGUUUGCUGCCAUUGAACAUCUGACAGGAUUUGAGCUGCUGUCAGACAGGGAGAAAGUGCUGUGCAGCUCUCUCAACCUGAGCCCGGCCCGCUACCUGACGGUCAAAACCAUCAUCAUCAAGGACCACCUGCAGAAAAGGCAGGGCAUCCCGGCCAAGAGCCGGCUGCCCAGCUACCUGGACAAGGUCCUCAAGAAGCGCAUUCUCACUUUCCUCACAGAAAGUGGCUGGAUAUCCAGAGACGCCUCGUAGCAGCGCUUUUGUAUUUACAGGGUAAUUAUUGAUGAUUGCAGGAAAACAGGAAAACUACUGGCUUUCACCGCUUUUGAAAAGUGACUUUGUGAAUAUGUAAAUGAAAAAGAACAAGAGCACCCCACUGGAGCAUAAUUAUAUUUUCAUACCAAGGCUAAAAUGGAAAAUAAGCCUCUAUUUUUGCAUUAGGGUAGACUACAACUGGGGGUUUACAGUAGUACAUGAGGAUAACUACAUUGCUACCAAGUAUUACUGCAGCAGGUUUACUGAAGAUGUUUAUGGAGGAAUGUUAAACCCAACACAUUUUCUGGACAUGGAUGUUGGCAGCUAUGGCUUUGGUGGGAGACUGUAGUCAUUCCUCCCUUUGCGGUUGUAGACCAUUGUGCCUAAUUCGACCAACUGUGUUGCAUGUUUCAUCAAUUACAUGCUACGUUUGCUCACCUUCCCUCAGAAAUUGCAUUGAAAUUAACAUUGAUCUGUUUUACCAACAUUUAGCUUUCUCUACAGCCUGAUGCUGAUUUAGGGCUGGUUAUAGAAGCCGCCACAGAGCCAGAACGCUGACUGACUGAGGGCACCGAGUCGUACGCUGGACAAAACAUGCCAAAGAUUAGAUGGGAAAUUUUUAGUAACAGUGUUGCCAUAACGUUGCUGUCCAGCAGAGGACACAGAAGAGUUCAUCUUUAAAUUUUUUUUUCCCCAGUGUGUGCCAGUCGAUCACACGUAAAGCUAUGUGUUAAUGUAGAAAAAAUGCUAAUAUAUUGUGUUUCCCUCUUACAGCCUCUGAAAAUGUGGCUUCAAAUUUUAAGUAUUUCAAAUAAUUGUACAAACAAAACAAUAACAGAAGUUCAGACGAUCCUCAGAUAUUGUUUAUUAAAAGAGCUCAUUCAGUCUGCUUCAUUGGGACUGUUAGGGUGUUUUCAGACGUGACAAACAGUGAGCAAGAACCCUGUCCAGAUGACAUAAUUUGGAGAAGCUGGCCAAGACCUCUCCUGUAUCAUCAGAUACCAAAUGAUGUCAUCUCAACUAAAAUACCGAAGUGAUAUGAAGGAUUUAAACCUGAUUGCAGAAGGUUUAUAUGCAUCAGAUGAUGUCCACAAGCCAGAGCUAUAGAAAGCAAUUUAGAGAUCAGAAAAGUUGACCUGGUCGGACUCUGUUUCGUACUCUUAAGAUCUUUAGAUUGUCUCUUUAUGACUAAGGAGGAGGAACAGGAGUCCCACGUUUUGGAUUUGGUUCUGAAAAAGCUACAGCUGUAAAUGUUAAAUGGUACAGAAAAAGGAAGCUGAAUGUGUCAGAACAUUGCCCAGCGAUACUCAAAAGCAAAAUACAUGUGUGCAUAUUGUAGGCAUGUGGACUAUGUCUAGAUAAAGAUGGGCAAAUCUUGGUUCCAAUCUGCAGAUGUUUAAAUCAGACUAGCUCAGUGUUGUAGUGUGUUGUGUUGGGAAACCUGAGCUUCAGGUUGCACUCUUGUCUGCUUGACUGUUGGCAAAACCAUCUAAAAUGAUGUGUCCUUUGUAUCAACAGUGUGAUUAGAAACGUAUCCCUUGUCUCACUCAUCUGCAUUUUAAUGUAAAUGACCGUUAAAGCGGGAUUAACCCAUUCUAAUGUUGACGCAGGCGGAGCUGGCAGUUUCACUCUGUCCACAUUUGAGUUUGCCACCAAAACUGAGAGGACGCUUCAUUUGCACACGUCUCACCUGCGAGGCUCCCCGCCCCCACUCCAGUUCAUCAUCAGCCAAUGGCAACUUGGGUGUUGGCUGCUGCUAUUUAAAUGCAAAUAGAGCGUCUGCAUUGGCUUUCAUUUCACAGCUGUAGGAGGAAAAUAAAGAAUGCUAUUACAGUUAUAUAUUACCUGCUUCUUUAAUGUUAUUUUCUUUGUGGCGCAAACGCGAGUAAAGAGUAGUAAAAGGUGGUAUGGUUUUUGGUCAUGGAAGAGGAACGCGUCAUCUUUGUUUCGGCUCUGAAAUUCUUCCCAAAGAUUGUGUCCAACUGUGUAAAACUCGAGCCUGGAGCAGUACCGGGGAUCUUAAAGGUGAAAUGUAAAGAGGCCAUAAGAUGUUAUUCAUCCUCGUCACAUGGCUGCAGACGCCGGGCGCAUGUUAAUCUACUGCUGUUGGUAUUCAGCAAACAGUCGACCGUUAUGAAAUUACUGCAAUUUACUUGAGAUACACUGACCUGCACUGAAUUCUGCUUGUGUUGUUAACCAACUCUGGGCUCAUUUAGAAAAUUGACCACAAUUAAACAAAUGUAUCAUCAACUCCAGUGCAUAAAUAUAUAGUUUAUGACAGCCUUUGCUGCACAUUACACUGCCAACACACAGGGACUGGAUUUAGGCACAUUAUCUGGCUGUCGCAGUUUGGCCGCGCAUCAAUGUAGGCAGUUCUUGUUGAAGCUAAAAGGGAAAGAGAUUUGUGAUAUGUUUGGUAAAAUGUUCAGGUCUGAGGGCCACAAAUUUAUCUCACCUAAAAAGUUUGGUCUGCAGCCUAUAAACCAAACAACACAAUGUCAAUUGAAGCUACUUAGUGGUUCUUAUAUGUAUGAAUGUCACUUUUUUAUUGUGACUGUGUGUGGAUACUCCAUACAGAUGCAUUGUCAUGCAACGGUCUCGCAGGUUUUGUUCUCUCCAUGGGGGAUGUUUACCUUAUGUCACCAGAUGUACAUAAUUUUGUAUGACACAUUGGAGAGUAUAAUUACUGACCUGUGAAAUGUACAGUAUUUUGUGUGAGAUACAUUUUUAUAGCUUUUCUAACGGGGGUAAAAGAUUUGAUUACAAAGAAGCAGCUGUUUCUCAAGCUCUGGGUGUAGUGAAGACAAUGUUGAGCUCUUCAGUCUUGUUGCUGUCCCACACGUUGAGCUGCUAUGGCUCAACACUACUUUCUUGAUGCACACAAAAGGGUGUGUAUGGAGUAUUAAAAGUGCAAAGACUUUA